CAUUGACAAUGUCUAACGCUGAGGAAAGAUUGCGGAAAGUUUUGAAUUGCAUAGUUCAAGAGAAAUUUCCUAAUGCGUCCGAUGUUAAAAUCAAGCCAAUUAGCACCGAUGGUGCAAAUUAUACUUCAGUUUUAUUUGAAGUUAGUAUCGUUACCCCUGAAGAAACCCAGGAAUUGUUUGCAAAAGUAGAAUCAAUGGGUGAUAAUCUCAGGUAAGCUCCUCUCCCAUAUAGAAAAUUUCGUCUUCACGUCACUUACCUGCGCUUAUGAAAAAUUAGAAGACAAAUAUGGCAUAAAAGAAAAAUUUAUAUUUCCAAAGUUUUACAAGAACGUUGGUGGAGUCGUUGUCAUGGAAAAUUUAGCAUCCAAAGGAUACGCAGUUUAUGAUAGAUUCAAGAUUGUUGACUGGAAUUAUGCAUCGAAAUCUGUAGAGGCUUUAGCCAGAUUUCAUGCACAUGAAAUCAUGCAUGAUUUCGCUUUCAAGAAUGAAUGUCCAGAAGAGUUCAGAAAAGCUGGGGAAGUGUUAUAUAUUCCGCUGGAUAUCUACAAAAGCUUUCAUUCAGACGGUCAAACUGACGCUGCAAUGGCAGCUGUGGAUAAAGAAGAUAGAGAGAAACUAUGUGAACUCCUUGAGGGGUCUAAGGGUAUGAGUAAAGGAAUGGAUCUUACUGAACCUCGCAAGACUGCAGUUAUCGUCCACGGGGACUACCGCGCGUGUAAUUUGAUGCAUAAAGAAGUUAAUGGAGAAUAUCACGUCAUUCCGGUGGACUACCAAACGGCCAGGCUAGGGUGCCCGGUAUCCGAUCUCCUCUACUUCAUCUUACUGGGUACUGACCAGCAAUUCCGAAAAAAGUACUACCAUCAGCUUCUAGACCACUACUACCAGCAUCUGACUCUGAUGAUGACCAAGUUCGGUCUUCAGCCGGAUGUGGUGUAUGGGAGAGAGGAAUUUGAAAGUGACAUAAAAGCGAAACUUCCCGUGGCGCUCAGCCUUGCAGCGGUAAUACUGCCAUUCGUGACAGUGGAUGUCAACAGCGCUCCGAAAUUCUCGAGUGGCCAGUUCGCGCCGCGCGCGAACGAACAGGCGGCCAAUUUUUGA